AUGGCCCAAGGUUUCAAGCCGGCAAAGGCCGCAUCGGCACAGCAGCAGCAGAAGAGGAAACAGACGAGCAGUGUGGCCAAGAAGGCCAUCCAGCCAAAGAAGGGAGCUCGGGUCUGCCCACCCAAGAAGGCCCCCGCUAUCGCCAUGGCUACCAAGAAGCGGCAACAAAACGCCUCAGUCGUUGGGCAUAUGGAGCAAGAGAUGAUUGGACGAGCGGCUGGUGGUGGACCACUGAAGAUGCUCAAGGCGGCGAAGAAGGAUGAGGAUGAGAAGGAUAAGGAUAAGUCGAAGAAGAAGUGA